UCCUCCUAUAAACGGACAUUCGUGGGCUCUCUCCUCACAUCACCAAGAUUUCCCCAAUUUCUCGAACUCUCUGACAAAAGCCCGAGAUUUGGCGGAAAUUUAUCGGGGUUUUCUUUGAGAAUUAAACGCCAAAUAACAAUUCGUUCCUAAUUCUAAUAAUUCCCCAGCGACAAAAACUCUCACCCGCACCUAAUCGAUCUUGAAUCCUAGGGUUAGGGUUAGGGUUUCUGUAACGGCUCAAUCCCUAGAUCUAGAAGAAUGAACGAUUCUAAUCCGAUGAUGGGUCAAAGCUUCGGGCUCUGGCCACAGGGCCCGCCGCCGCGGCAAUCGGGCGCGCGAUCCGAUGAUCUUUAGGCUCGCCGGCCGAUGUUCCGCCGAUCCCCGGGCCAACCCCGGCCGCGUCACUGAAGGUCAAAAAGGCCGCGACAAGCGCAAGAAGGCGGCGGCAGCAGCCUCGGCGCCGCCGCCGCCGGAGACGGCACCGGAUACAAGCCGCGACGCUCAACGAGGCUCCAGUACCAAAACGACAGAAAGCGAAAAGAAUUCUACCCUAACAAGAAAAGUUUUCGAGGAUCGCCCCCUACGCGCGAGAAACACGACGUCGUUCAUCCAUCCGGCGAAGAAGUCCGGCGGCAUUGCUCCGCUCGUCUCGCCGUGCCCUGUGACUCCGGCGAUCCUCCCGACCCCGAAGUUCUCGCCGUCGCGGGACGGCCUCGUCGACAUGGCGAAGGAGAGUGGGGCGUCGACGGCUACGGAAUCGAUGAAGGGCCUCAUCCGCCUCCGGUCCGCCACCGGAGCGGCGGCCGGCGAGGACUCGGACGAAGACUCGACGGAUCGGAUCGAGAGCGAUGUGGAGGAGCACCUGGAGGUCGAGAGGAGGCUCGACCACGAUCUGAGCCGGUUCGAGAUGGUUUACCCUAGUUUCGGGGAGGAUCAGGGGGCGGCCGCGGCCUAUCUCCUUGAGAAUCGGGUCGACGACCAGGACACCCACAUUGCCCAGCUGGAGGAGGAGAAUUUGACGUUGAAGGAGAGGCUUUUCUUGGUGGAGAGGGAGGUGGGGGAUUUGAGGAGGAGGCUGCAGAUUCUCGAGGCCGGGUUUAGGGGUAGAGGUGGAGGUGGGGUUAGUAACAACAACGAUGAUGAAAAUAACCCUAAUGUCGAUGAUAACGAGGGGAGUUACAGCGGUAAUCAUAACAACAACAACAACAACAACAAUGUGAAUUUGAAUCUGAGUUUGAAUUUGAACGAGGAGGGGGAUGUUUGCUCUGAGAACGGAGAUGAGAGCAACGAGGCGCGGACUCCGAUGAGGGAGGAGCGAGGAAUUUAGAGGGCUUUGAUCGUUUUGAUUCUGUCGUGUACAUAAAACCGGACCUCUCGUGUAGAAUUCUGUUUUGGUGCUAAAUUUGGUCUCUUUUAUUGCUCUUCUUUGAUUCUUGGCAAAGCUCGGUUGUCAUCUGAUUAAUUAAUAAGCGUUUGGAAUUAUUCGUAUGUUCGUUGUUUUCGUUUUAAUAAUUGAUGAUGAUAAUAUGAGUUUUCUCGUUACUGUCA